AUGAAGGACGAAAGCUCAGCUAGGAUUCAUCGGGGUAGCAGAGCGGUGCGCCGAGAACCUAUUCGCACAAGUCUACAAUCACGGCUCCAAGGCAAUCCUCCACAGCUUCCAGUGGAACCAACUUACGAAACCCUUCUACCCGCCUCUUCAAACGAAACGAAAGUGUGGUGUGUCCUUUUGAGCGGCUUUCAUGAGAACCCUCCACACUCCACGCUGGCGUUCUCGCCCCCCUUCACCCUUGUACUGGGAAUGUUGAUCAAAGUCUACCAUAUUGUUGCACAGUCCUUCUUCCCUAGAUCUUAUCAGAGUCUCCCGCUUGCCACGUAG